GUGUUUUGCCAUUACCCCAAGAUACAUACACACAUAUAUCGGCGUUUCAUAAAAUUUGUAAACGUGCUUCAAAAAAUUCAACAAAAUGUCUAAAAAAGAUAAAAAGUUAAAGAAAGCUAAGCCAAAUGCGGAUCAAGAAGCGAAUCAAACAGAAACAAAUGACAAGCAGCAACAAAAUGAUUCCGAAUUCCCAACUGAUUGGGAUGUAGAUGUGUACCGCCGAGAAUAUGAAAGUGAAGAACACUGGCUACUGAGAAAACGCUUCAUGGAAUUCCACAAAGACAAGUUCCCCGAAGAUAAACUUGUAUGUUUAGCUCAGGUUUUUACAAACAUGGAAUUUAUGGGUUGUAAAUAUCCCGCCGAGACAAUGGCUAUGGUGGCUGAACUAUCUAAAGAAGUGGCCAAAGAAUUCCGGGCCGGCAGAGCAAAUCGUUUAAAGAGAACAUUUGUUGCGGCCUCCGAUGCAGCCGAGGCCAGGGCUAAAGGACGCAGAUCGACGCAGCAAACAAACGAUGGUCAAAGCACACAACAAUUGCAGGGUCAAAAGAGAAAGCAUUUUGACAUAGGAAGUACUGGCGAAACACAACCACCCACAAAGAAGAUGCCGCAAGUAGAUCUUUUCUCUGGUCUUAAACAUAAACAAUUUAUUUUAUUUUUAAAUGGCGGCCGCCAAUGUAUUCAACUGUCUGCUCAGCGAAGUCAUGUACCCUUUGAGGAAAAAGAAAUUCCAGCGGAAAACAAUAUAAAGAAAGUUGAGAUACGUCUAAAUAACAACGUUGUGGCCUUAGCAACAGGAGAAAACUUGAAGUUAGCCAAGGCAAAUGCAUUUACUUGUGCUUUGGAGAAACUUCAAAAUGAAUGCUAUACUAUAAAGCAAAAUCCUGAUAGAAAAACAAUUAAAAUUGAAAAGAACAACAACAAAGCCGUUUGUGAGGUUAUUAAAAGUGAGGUAGAUGCAGCAUCUGUAGAUAAAAAAUUGGAUGAUAACAACAAAGGUUUUAGAAUGAUGAAAAUGAUGGGUUGGUCUGGUGGUGGUUUAGGAUCGAAAAAACAAGGACGAGAAGAUCCUGUAGAAUACUUAUUUAAAAGUAACCGUUCGGGUUUGGGAAAGGAAGAUUGUAAAAUGGACAAACAAUAUUUCAAGAAUAUACUAAGGAACUAUGUCGAAUCAGACGACAUACGAGAACUGCAAUUUGAACCAACCUUUACCAAGGAAGAGAGAGCUUUACUACACGAGAUUGCAAAAAAUUUCAACCUAAAAUCUUCGAGUUAUGGCCAGGGUGAACAACGACGUUUGAUCAUCACCAAAAAGACGAUCACAGAUAAUCAAAUACUGCACGAAGUGUUAAUCAAUAAAAAUACACGAUUCCUUGAUAGAUAUUUAGUACAGGUGCCAAAGUGUAAGAGACAUAUAUUUCCUGAUCACACUGAGACGCUGACCCUGUAGUAUCAAAACAUAUUCUUAGUAAUAUGUUAAUGUAUUAGGACUAAGUUUUAUUUGCUGCGUUAAUUAUAGGUUUGUCGUAACUUUAUAGAAAAUGUUAAGAAUUAAUCUGUAAGCAAUUUCAAAUAAACAUUUGAAUAUAAAAUAA